CUGUGGUGUGUCGAGCAAUGGCCGACAGAAAAAGACUGUCUCGGUAACGCAUCGCGAGUGUCUAUUUUUCAUAUUGAAAAACAUUUUUAUUACAUCGCGUAUCAUUAUCAAAUGUGAAUAUUUGUGAAUAAGCAGUUGUGUUGCAUUUGACUGUGAUGCUUAAAGUGGUUGUAUAUGAACGGCUAAUAGUUGUGUGAUUUGUGAAAUUUUUGUUAUUGGUGACGUGAAGGGCGCGUACCGUCGCGGGAGGCGCGUGCGUUUGCACUCAACUUUUGACAACACGCCACGUUACUGCCGCCGGCCGCUAUGCGACGGCCCGGGCUUCGGCCGCCUCGUACCGCCAGCUUCCCCGAUGACAAUCUAAUUAGUCUACCAUUUUACUUCUUCAAAUAACUAGGCUGUGCAGUUCGCUUCCUAAUACGUUCAUUUGCAAGUGCGUUUUCGCGACACAUGUAAAGUGAAGUGCUUGUGCUAGUGCGUACCAAAAACUGAUUCGAUCAGGUCUUGUUCAGUUUGGUCCGUACCAAACGGGUCCAGUGCGUCCUGAGCCGGGUGGGUUCGGAGCGCGCGAGUGCGGGCCCUCUGCCCGGGGCCCGAUGUGUGCGGCGUCAUGGCGUUCAUGACGAAGAAGAAGCGAUACAAGUUCGGGGUCCAGUGCUGCCUCGAGGAACUGACGGAAGUGCCCUUCGUCUCUGCAGUGCUCUUCGCAAAGGUCCGUCUGUUGGACGGGGGCAACUUUCAGGAUCAUUCGAGCAGGGAGGAGGUGUGCAACCACUCGGUGCGGUGGAACGCACAGUUCUCUUUCGUGUGCAAGAUGUGCGCCAACGCCAACACCGGCGUGCUCGAGCCCGCCUUGCUGCGCGUCUCCGUGCGCAAGGAGUGCAAGGGCGGGCGGUCAUAUCAGAAGCUGGGCUUCUGUGACGUGAAUCUGGCGGAGCUGGCGGGAGCGGGCGAAGCGACGCGCCACUGCCUGCUGGAGGGCUACGACCCGCGCCGCCGCCAGGACAACUCGGUGCUGCGAUUGCGUAUUAAGAUGAACAUGAUCUCCGGCGAUCCCCUUUUCAAAGUGCCGGAGCGCAAGCAAGAGGUGACGGAGGGCGGCGACAGCGGUGCGGAGAGCGCCGCGCCGCCCGACGACGACUGCGCCUGCUCCACCAACAGCUCCGGCUUCGGUUCGCUCACCGGCGCCAAACCGCAUGUUCCAGUGUCAGAGGGUAUGACGCCGCCGACGAUAGCGGCGCUGGCGGGCAGCGAGCCGCCGCCCGACCACGAGGACACGCCCGUGCCCGACUACAACGCGGUGAGCGGGACCACGGCGCCGUGCGCGUCGUGCCAGCAGCACACGCACUCGCGCAACUCCUCCAACACGUCGGGCGACAUGAGCAGCAAGGCGUCGGGUUACGGCAGCUCGGUGUCGGCCGCC